AUGUCGGCGCGGACGCUGCCGCUGCUGUUCCUGAACCUGGGCGGGGAGAUGCUCUACAUCCUGGACCAGCGGCUGCGCGCCCAGAGCAUCCCCGGAGAGAAGGCGCGCAAAGAUGAAUGGACAGAUGUGGACAGGAAACGAGUUAUGAACGACAUCAUCACCACCAUGUUCAACAAAAAAUUCAUGGAGGAGCUGUUCAAACCUCAGGAUCUGUAUUCCAAGAAAGCCCUGCGCACCGUGUACGACCGGCUGGCUCACGCCUCCAUCAUGAGACUGAACCAGGCCAGCAUGGACAAGCUCUACGACCUCAUGACCAUGGCCUUCAAGUACCAAGUGCUGCUGUGCCCUCGGCCCAGGGACGUUAUGCUGGUCACGUUCAACCACCUGGAUGCCAUCAAGGAUUUCAUCUCCGACUCCCCUGGCAUUCUGAACCAGGUGGAUGAGACCUUCCGAAGGCUGAUUGAAACCUACAACUGUCUCUCUGAUGGUGAAUUCCAGCUCAUCAGGCAAACACUUCUCAUUUUCUUCCAGGAUAUGCACAUCAGGGUCUCCCUCUUCCUGAAGGAUAAAGUGCAAAACUCAAACGGUCACUUUGUGCUGCCAAUCUCAGGGCCUGUCCCGUGGGGCACAGAGGUGCCAGGGCUCAUCAGGAUAUUCAAUCACAAAGGAGUGGAAGUUAAAAGGGCUGAGUUCACCACUGCUGGAAAUUACAUUACUCCACAAAGGGAAGGAUCUUUUGAGCUUUAUGGAGACAGAGUCCUCAAACUUGGAACAAAUAUGUACAGUGUGACCCGGCCAGUGGAGACACACAUGUCAGGAUCAUCCAAAACCCUGGCAUCCCAGGCAAAGGAGAACAUAGCCCCCAACCCUCUUGCUAAAGAAGAGCUGAACUUUCUGGCCCGGCUGCUGGGAGGUUUGGACAUCCAGAAACCUGCUGGUGGUGACACGGGAUUUCGGCUGAAUUUGUUCACAACUGAUGAGGAGGAAGAGCAUGCUGCACAGACCAGACCAGAGGAGUUGUCCUACAAGGUUAUCAGCAUUGAAGCCACACAGGAGCCGGGGCGGCGGGCGGAGCUGUCCCGCAUCCUGGGCGAGCUGGAGGUGGAGGAGCCGCGCCCGGGCAGCGCCGAGAAGGGCGAGGAUCUGCUGGCACUGAUGGACGGGCUCUGA